GGCAGGUUAUCCCAACGAUUACCAGUAUUAGCCGGCUGAGAUGGGCAAGAAGAACAGGAAACAACAGCAGGUCGAUGUGGUGGCAUCAGCUGCCACUGAUGAUUCCCCGGCUGUCAUUGAUUCUCCCGCGGAGCAUCAUACGCAGCCGGAGGACACCAGUGCGGAGGUCUUCCUCUGGCUGCUGGCCUACAGUGUGCUCAUGUUCACGCUGCCCUUCUUGGGCUUCUAUGGCGUCCGCAGCUGGCUGCAGGAGUCCUUCCCCCAUCUGGACCUCUUCACGGUCAACUGUUGGUCAGUUCUCACGGCUGUUGUGGUUGUUAACCUAGUGGUGGCCAUGUAUGUAUUAAAGGCUUUCCGCGAGAAGCCUCCACCACCCCUGGAACCCGUGCAGCAGGAUGAGGAGGAAGAGCCGGAAGCUGCGGAGCCAAAGAAGGACCAGUAACUCAAGUGCUGCCAGCCAAGUCCAGAUCAUUUCGAUCGUUUAAAGGACCAGUAACGACUCCUUACAACUCUUAAUAAAUCUUACUUUGGCAAAAUA